AUUACUGAACUUCACAACAUUGGUUACAGUUUUGUAGUCCUCCCCUCUUUUUUGGAGACUGCGUGGACUCUCUUCUGUCGUCGUUUGAGAGUGAGAAGGUGGGUGAGUGGGUGGGUGUGUCGCUGUGACCCAGUUGAAAGGCUUAGCUAGUUGUUCCCUGUGCAAACACUGCAGACGAAAGAAAGUUUAUGAGUAGUUUAAUGUGAAAGUGGCCGCAUCGGUGCUGGCUAGCCCAUCAGGAAUGGCAGUUUGGACCAGAGCUGAUAAGAACGGUCAGCUGGAUCUACUUCUCCGCGACCGCUGGAUCCGAGUUUCGGCCGAACUUAGCCGCGAAUCGCUGACUUUAGCCGCCGAGGCGGAGGGAAUCACACAGGGGGCGAACCCGUGGGGCCACAGCGCUGCUCCCGAUGAUCUGAGAAAUGGCAUAUCGAACGGAAACGAGCUGGGAACGAAGUCACGGAACACUGGUCGCGGUCUAUCUUCUGGCCACGACCACUUUCAGAAAGGGUGCAGCAGCCCCGAUCGCGUGGGUGCAUACGACGGCCCCUACGGAUUAGGCAGCCCCGGGAAGUACUCCAACAACGCCGCAAACUCGGACUUUGGAAGUCCCGCUUCGAGCUACGGGAGUCCCGGCUCGAGUUCGGGCUCGAGGCACGGCGAGGUCUGUGCGGACAUCUGCGCGGAGGCUGUGCGAAAGGUCCGAGUUGUCAAACAGGAGUCUGGCGGGCUAGGCAUCAGUAUCAAAGGGGGGCGCGAGAAUCGGAUGCCGAUCCUCAUCUCCAAGAUCUUCCCGGGGCUCGCGGCGGACCAAAGUCGCGCGCUCCGCGUGGGCGACGCCAUCCUGUCGGUGAACGGUAACGACCUCCGGGAGGCGACGCACGACCUGGCGGUGCAGGCCCUUAAGAAGGCUGGAAAACAAGUGACGCUCGAGGUGAAAUACAUUCGUGAGGUAUCCCCACUAUUCAAGAAGCAUUCGCUUGUGGCUGACUUGCCAUGGAAUGGUGUUCGGCCACAGUCUCCCAGCUACAAUGACAGUGAGGAUUCUGGAUCUCCUAAACACAGCUCCUCCACAGAUAGGAAGGUCAUCAGCUUAAAGAUGUGCUUCAUCAGUCGGAACCUAACCAUGCCAGACCUGGAGAACAGACUUUUGGAACUGCAUUCCCCCGAUGGUCAGCACACAGUGGUACUUCGCUGUAAAGAUGCCCCCACAGCCAACUCCUGGUUCACUGCCAUCCACACCAACAUUGCGGCCCUCCUCCCGCAGACCCUGGCUCACAUCAAUGCCUACCUGGGGGCUUCUGCCUCAGCUUCCUCACAGCCUCACCUCAAGCACAUAGGAUGGCUGGCUGAACAGGUCCAGCUAGAAGGUGGACGACAGCAGCACAGACCUGUUGUCAUGGCACUUACAGAAAAGGACAUACUGCUCUUUGAAUCUGUGCCAUGGGGUAGAGAAUUGUGGGCAUUGCCUUUGCUCACACACCCGCUGCUUGCUACAAGACUGGUGCAUUCUGGCAGUGCCCGUGGUUCUCCUGCUCAGAGCUCUGACCUGGUGUUUGCCACUCGGACUGGCACAGGGCGGGGCAUCGAAUCACACAUCUUUCGUGUGGAGACCCACUGGGAUCUGUCUUCAUGGACAAGGGCACUUGUGCAAGGUGCACAUGCUGCAGCAGAACUCAUCAAAGAAGUCUCUAUUGGCUGCACAUUGAACAGACAAGAUGUUCGACUGACUCUGCACUAUGAGAAGGGCUUUACUGUGGUAAGAGAGCCAUCCGACCCAUCCAACGGAGCUGUACUCUUCAGAUACCCGUAUGAAAAACUGAAAAUGUCUGCUGAUGACGGAAUACGCAACCUUUACCUUGAUUUUGGUGGUCCAGAAGGAGAAAUGGUAUUUGACCUUCACUCGGGUCCAAAGCCAGUUGUGUUUGUCCUUCAUGCUUUUCUCUCGGCAAAGCUUACUCGUAUGGGCUUACUCACAUGAAGUCAUUCCCAUCAACAAAUGAAAUCAAUUGGAACUCACAGCACAGGCAUGUGCGCUGCCACCACCGACCCCCAUCCUAAAAAUGUGCCUUGGCUUCCAUUUUCUACUUUUCUUACCACAGCAGCUGUAUUGCUAUAUCAAGUCUUAAAGUAGCACUUUGCUUGAAGUUCUCAGACUUCCAGGGAAAAAAGCAUUUAACAUUCCAGUGACAGUUCUCAUUAAAGACAAGGGUCAUAUUCUCCUGUGUCCAUAAAAGCGAAAAGGCACACAGUGGCACACUUUUCUUACUGCAUAGAUUCUUCGUACGCGGGCAUUCCCUGUGAAAUAUGGGCUCGCGUUAUAUGCUCUAAUCAACUUAAGCACUUUUUGCACUUUUACUUACUUGAGUCUAUUGUAAGUCCAGUGUCCAGUGAAGGUGCAACAUUAAAUUGCACUUAGCAGUUCAAAUAUAAGCCACGUGCUAAAAAUACUUAAAAAGGUGUUUAAACAACAACUGUUAUAAUUUGCUUUUAUUCUGUUUUUUCCCCCUCUUCUUUUAUACCAAGGUUGGUAUGAUGCCUAUAUUGAAAUGAAGGCUCAUCCCUCCAAUCAUACCAAUAUUUCCUCAACCAGUACUCAUAAUUUAAAGGAGGACUAUGUAAGAUUUGCACUUCAAGGAUUCCAUAUAUGGCCCUAAUAUUUCAACAGACAUAAAAGAAACACGUAUUUUGGAAAUACUUCUAAAACCAUUUUCAAUGGUUAAGCUGUGAUUUUCCCAUUUUAAAUCGAUUGUCAGCCCGUAAACGUUGCUAUUGGUUUUAUUCUUUGUUUUCAAUGGAUGUCCCGCCCCCACUAAUCAGCAAAUUACGAGAUAAAUUCUUUGUCUUCAACCAGAUUGCAACAGCUCUGUAAAUUACCAGUACUUGAAGUACGCGUACUUCUGUGACCUUGUACUACUAGCGCCUGUACUUACGUGUACUUGUACUACAAGCGCCUGUACCCGCGUGCACUUGUACUCCAAGCACCUGUACUCGCGUGUGCCGGUACUACAAGCGCUUGUACUCGUGUAUCCUUGUACUCCAACCGCCUGUACUCUCGUGUACUUCUACUCCUAGAAAGUGUACUCACGUGUACUUGUACUCAAAGCACUUGCAAUCGCAUAUACUUGUACUACAAGUGCCUGUACUCGCGUAUCCUUGUACUACAAGUGCCUGUACUCGCGUGUACUUGUACUCCUAGCAAGUGUACUUGCGUGCACUUUUACUACAAGCACUAGUACUCGCGUGUACUUGUUCCACAAACUAGCACAGCACAGUUCCACGCACAAUUUCUCAAGAAAUUGCAUUUUCUAUUUUUUGAUGGAAAUGCAACAUUGGUAUGAUAAUGCAGCGUGAUUAUCCACGGUGAAGCACUUAUCUGGCAGCCCAGAAGGGAAGGAAAGGGAUGUUGUGUGCUAUGAAUCUUACAUAUUGAUCCUUUAAAUCGAUUGGCGACCAUUGAAUCGAAUCGUCCAAACUUCGCAAUAUCGGCCAAUCUCUUAACGUUGUCCAAAGAAUCAAUAAUCGUAUUGCCAUGAAAUUGGUGACACACUACACUCCUAAAAAAUAGGAGGCUUUUAUUUUUUAAUUAUUCUUCAGAUUUAAUAAAUGUAUAUAUAGCCCAUAUUUCGAAAAUAUUUACAAGUCUAAAGAAAAUAAUUUCCAGGAUGGUUUUAGCUGUCUCCGUUUUUUCCGGAGUCAUAUUCAGUUUACGCAUGAUGAGUGCGCAGUAAAUAUAUGGGAAGGAAAAUCCACGUGGAUGAAAAGUGUGCAAGUCUGGGUGCAAAAAAAUGACACGAGAAUAUGGCCUUACAUGAAGUGAAUUGGUUAGAUGAACUUAUCGUACUUCAGUUUAAGUCGCACAGAAAAAUAAAGCAUAGGAAAGGGGUCGGCAACCUUUUGUACUUCAUUUGGGAACACCACCCAUGUAAAUGUUCUGCUAUCUUUAUAUUUUUAUUCCUUUUGUUGAUUUAUCCAUUAUUUGUUCCAACUCCUAAACAUUCCCCAAAAAUCGAUCAAGCUUUCGAUUUCUCAAAACGCAGAGUUUUCCACAAAAACAGCCCCAUUCAUUUUCAAUGGCAAAACUAAACUAAAUUUUGUCCUACAGUUUUGAUCCGAUUCACAUUGUUUACACGUCCAAGAAUCUCUGAACCCAAACUCAAGGCACACAAAAGUUGGAUACGGUUUUUGCCAAAAACAUGCGGUUCCACCAAAAUGUGACAAAAACUUUUCAAUUUUCACUCAAUGGCCUCAUUAAUUACCAAUUGGAGAAAAUGACCCGAUAAUAACAGAAAAUGCCCUGAAAAGCCCCUUAUUCUACAGGAAGUGACCCAGAAAUGCCCUAGAAUCGCUGCAAAAACACAAAAAAACCAAACUUUAACCGAAAACAACAAAUAUCUCCCAAAAAUCGGGGGGAGAAGACAUAAGGUUAAACGAAAACAAAAAAAAAAAAAGCCAAACUACAAAAACUGUAGAAAGAAAAUGGCAAAACCGUAACAAAAAACAGCAACAACAACAAAAAAAUCACCAAAAAACAACAGCAGAAAACAUAAAUAGUCAAAAGCGCAAGUUUGAUCUUUUGUAACAGCAAUUCAAAUUUGCGUUUAUAACUAGCUGCCAAUACAGCAAUAACAAUCCACACAAACGAUUAGCAUGUAUCAGUUAGUGUCCGCACAUCAUCUAAAACAAUCACAUCAACUCGCUCCAAGUAUUCAACCACAAUUGAAAACACUCAAUAAACAGUACAAGGUGUUAUAUGCAGGUGUUGCCUAGGUGGAUGCUCAACAUUACAAAACAAAACAAAAAACGAGACUCUGGCGUCACAAAGUCGGAAUCACGCAAGUAGGGUAUGUCGUAACCCGGAGACUACCUGUAUUCAAAUUCAUAUUUUAAAAAAAACUCAAAUCAAUGAAUUUUCAUAAAUAGUCAUUAUUUUCCAAAAUCGCAGGGUCCACAAGUGAAGGAUGAAAGAGUCACACACCACAGUUUGCCGACCCCUAGGAUAGGAUGAAGGAUUUUCGACAAUCAAUAAUAAACACUUGAGCUUUUAUGAGUAAUAACUAUACUCAAUAAUAUAGUCUUCUUUGCCUAGAUUUCCACAGCAGCCUUCUAGUGUACGUUUGGCUUGUUCAGUUUUUUUAUUCGUGGUAUCAGAAAGUGGCAGGGCAAAAUGUUUUCUAUAUCAGUAUGCAGUUAAAAAUGGAAAAACUGUACAAGUGAAGCAGAUAUGUCUGCGUGUGUUUGUUUAUAUCUUGUGUGCCUGCUGCAUGGCAAACAUACUUUUCUUUUUUUUUUUUUUUUUUUAUCAUUUACAAUAGGAAACUUGCACAAACAGUAUUAUACUUAUUGUGGGAUCUAAAAUUGUUUGUGUUCAUUUUUAUUAGCAUGACUUGCUGGCAUCAAAGCCUUGUAAGGUGUCAUCCUGAUGGCUAAACUUCCAUUUUCUACACCGCUUGAUUCCAUUAAAGGUGCUAUGAAAUGGUGCAUAUCAAAAAAUGAAAAAAACAAUUUACCACAUACAUUUCAUAGUCACUCUACCUGAAACUGUGCAUCAGGGAAUGCCCUUUUUUUCAGUAAUUCUGGUUGUGACAUCACAACCAGAAUUGAUUGAUCAUGUCUCACUUUCGAGUGCUGCACAUGUUGACAGACUGACAGAACGAUCACAUGGCAACAAGAUAAUAGGAAGCCUAUGGAUAGCUUGCUUGCAGACAUUUUUUGUGGGCGGAGCCAAGGCAGCUGAGAAAGGAAGACUAAUUAUCAUCUAUUUUCAUUAUUGAGCCUUUUUUGGAUGGAUUUGUGUCUGAAAUAUGCUCUGCUGUCCAUUUAAUGUCACUUGCUAUCGUAUUUCAUGGCACCUCUAAAGGUUUCAAAUAAGCUGAAGCACAUCUAAUAUGACAUACACUUAAUUGAUCACCAGCCAACCACACAUACACUUGCACUGAAGUUUAAAAUUUCAAGUUAACCUUCUUUCAAGUAACCUUCUUUACUUCAGAGCCAUUAUUGGGAUUUUACAUCUCUGGUAAUAGGCAAUUGGUAUUUCCUUAGGCUCUUAACUAAAAACCAUAUACUCGUGACAUACUGUUUUUGGAAUGCGACCUUGAAAAUGAUGGAAUUUAAAAUGCAAGCAUAUUGUAAAUAUCAAAUAUUUUUAUUGCAUUAGGUGCGCCUCCACAAACAGUGCUGGCCAAAAGUAUUAGCUCCCCUGCAAUUUUGUCAGAUAAUGCUCAGUUUCUCCCAAAAAAUAUUGCAAUUACAAAUGCUUUGGUAGUAAUAUUUUCAUUUUUUUGCUUGCAAUGAAAAAA